ACACAGAGUGCGCACAUCAUAUAGACCGGUGACCAAGCGCAAUUCUGUUCAUUCAACGUGCUGGCAAAGCAAACCCAGAAGCCGAUCUACAGCAAGAGGCACAUACCUAGGUACUUGCGGACAUAGGCUCGCGGGUUCUCGUAUUCGCCCGAAGCUUCGGACCGUCAUGUCUAUCAAAAUUGCAGCCAGAGUGGUCAGACUUCCUCCGCGACUGCUGCUCCGACAGAUUACACGCCCUGCUUACCCGCAGUGCAGUGCUGGCCCGACCUCAUGUCAUACGAGAGUGCCAUACCGUCAGUUCUGGCGGAGAUCUGGCGCCGCUGCGCAACCUGCACAGCAUGCACAUGCGGAACCAACAGAGGCGGACAUUUCAAUUCAUGACAACACGAAUAUGGGGCAAUUGGAGGGCGCAUCAUCCAACCAUGUUACCAUAAACAUAGACGGCAACUCCAGAGUCUUUGACAAGGUCUUCCUGCGCGAUAGUUGCACUUGCCCGCAAUGCAUGGAUCCUGACAGCAAGCAAAAAUUGUUCCAGACUUCCGACAUUCCACAGGACAUUGAAGCUUCGUACCGCACCAUAGAAGAUCCCGAGAAGGGGCUCCUGGUCGAAUUGGAAUGGUCCAAGGAUGUUCCACAUUUCCAGCCCGGGCAUCGAACCAGGCACUCAAUGGAAUGGUUGCGCAGAGCGCUUGAUACAGAGCUGCAACUGAGAGGCUGCGUUAGGAGUGAUGAUAGAGUCAUGUGGGACAGGGAGAAGAUUACGAAGAAAAAUAAAUGGGUGGACUACAAUGAAUACAUGGCGGAAGAUAAGGUGCUCUACGAUUCCUUGAGCCAUUUGAAUGACUACGGGCUACUCUUCCUCAAGAAUGUUCCUGAGUCAGAGCAGUCCGUCGUUAACAUCGCCGAGCGGAUAGGGAACCUCAAGGACACUUUUUACGGACGUACAUGGGACGUAAAAUCCAAGCCUAAAGCAGAGAACAUUGCGUACACUCACCAGUUCCUGGGCCUCCAUAUGGACCUCUUGUAUACCUCUAACCCCCCACAUCUUCAACUGCUUCAUUCUCUUCGAGCACGAGCACCGAGAGGCGAGUCCUUCUUCAGUGACGCCUACCAUGCUGCUCAGCUCCUGCACCAACGCUCCCCGUUCCACUUCCGUACCUUGUGUACUUUCCCAGUGACAUAUCAUUAUCACCACACCAACUUCCAUUACCACUACACCCGACCGACCAUCGAACUUCAUCCAUAUCCUAAAUACAGCGAACCCACCAAUCUGGCCAUCAAGCGUGUGAAUUGGAGUCCGCCAUUCCAGGGUCCAUUCGAGGCGCGCAUUGGCGGUGAGAACCAAGCGGGACUGAGGAACUAUCUCGCCGCUGCGCACGAGUUCGAGAAGCUACUGAAUGCAGAGGAAAAUGUAGACGACGAUGUUUUUUUCUCCAAGCUUAGAGUUUUGGAAGAGAAAUUCGAAGGUCGUUGGACUGCCGAGGGAGUGAUUCGACCUGCCGUCAUAUAAGCUCGACCAGUGGCAUUGACAUUUGUUUGAAACUGUCAAUG